AUGGCGCCCGAAUCGACCGACCCGCGGCGCCGAGACCCGAGGAAGAACCUGUGGGAACAGGAUUACCGGGGUCCCAUAAAAAAACAAGGACAUCGAUGCCCCCGGAACCGGUGCAUGCAAAUGUCCCAGAACCGUGACGGUCCUGAACCCGUUCAAGCUGAAUCCUGUUCACAAAAGACCUGCCAAGGUGUGAGAUGUCUCAAGACCUUCACUGGAAACGUUGUAUGUGUGCCAGAAAAAGAAAAUAAACAACCAUCAAUGACCCAACCUAACACCAACUUUAUGAGAGCCUGUAUGGAUGGAGUCCAGUGCGGAGUUAAACUACUCUUGUCUGGGGGCCAGGCAGACAUCAACACCAGGGACAUACUCAGGAGGACACCGGUGAUGUUUGCAGCAAUGAGAGCGUAUAAAGAUAUGUUUCAUUUACUUGUGAGGGAAGGCGCAGAUCUGUCCUCAGUGGAUCAAGACCAAAACACGAUUUUACAUACGGCCUGUGAGGGAGGAAACCUCAACAUUGUGAAGUACAUCCUCAACGAGAAUAUUGUGGACGUCGACAGUAGAAACUUUGAUAACAUGACGCCAAUAAUGAAAUCAGCUCUGAAUGGGCAUGCAGACGUUUUUGAUGGACUUGUGGAGAAAGGAGCUGACCUCUUACUUGUGGAUCAUUAUCAUAGCACUAUCCUACACUUCGCCUCUUUGGGGGGAAGUGUUGACAUAGUUGAUCGUAUCCUUAGAGUCGAUCGUGUGAACAUAAAUAGCACAGACAACCAGCACAGGACGCCGGUGAUGAUUGCAGCCAGCAAGGGACAUAAAGACGUCUUUGACCUACUUGUAAGCAAAGGAGCCGAUCUGACCCUGAAUGACGACAAUGACACUAUUCUGUACGCGGCCUGUCAAGGCGGCAAUAUUGAAAUAGUUAAGUAUGUUCUUGGUCAAGACGUUUCAUAUAUAAACACCAGGGGGUCUGAAGGGUUCACACCAGUGCUACUGGCUGCAUUUAAUGGAUACUGGGAAGUGUUCCAUUUUCUUCUUUUGAAGGAAGCCAGUCUUUCUGUAAGGCCUGAUAGCGGUGAAAAUAUCUUACAUGUGGCUUGUAUUGGAGGGAAUUUGAAAAUAGUAAAGUAUGUUCUCAAACAGAACACUGAGGAUAUCAACAGUAGGGGAACGGAAGGAAUGACACCGGCAAUGCGUGCCGCAUGUUGCGGACACAAAGAUGUUUUCGACCUUCUUGUGAAGAAAGGAGCUGAUCUGUCACUGGUGGACAGUAAUGAGAACAACAUUCUCCACAUGGCAUGUGCAGGGGGUAAUAAAGAACUCAUUAAAUAUGUCAUCGCAAAGGACAUUGUGGACAUCAACAGUCGGUCAAAGCAAGGGACAACACCAGUAAUAGGAGCUGCUUUAAUUGGAUACAAAGAAUUGUUACAUCUGCUAAGCAUUAACGGAGCCGAUAUGGCCACAACGGAUGAAACUGGUUCUAGCAUUCUACAUUUGGCGCUUUUGCAACAUGAAGGUGAGACUGCAAGAUAUAUCAUUACUCAGGACUUUGUCAACAUCAACGACACAAAUUACCAAGGAAUGACGCCAGUCUUACUUGCUGUAGUGAACGGAUAUGCAGAUGUCUUUGCUUUACUAGUGAGAAAAGGAGCUAGUCUGUCAAGUGUAGAUGCCUCUGGUGAUAACAUUCUUCAGAAUGCUUGUGAUGGAGGAAAUGCGGACAUAGUGAAGUAUCUUUUGACGGUUAAGGACAUUGUGCAUGAUAUUAACCGAAAAGGAAAAGCUGGCUUGACACCAGUGAUGGUUGCAGCACGUUCAGGAAACAAAGGAGUGUUCGACCUCCUCGUGAAGAACGGUGCCGAAUUGACACAAGUGGAUGAUGACGGCAACACUAUCCUUCAUUUGGCCUGUACCGCCAACGUCCAGAUAGUGAAAUACCUCCUGUCCCAUAACACUGUGGACAUCAACACGAGGGGGGCAUAUGGUAGGACGCCACUUCUGACGACAGCACGUAGUGGGAAUAGACUUGCAUUUGAUGAACUUUUGAAGAAAGGAGCUGAUACGUCAAUGAAAGAUAAUGAAGACAACAACAUCCUUCAUUUGGCAACUGAGCAAGGAGAUCACCCAGGAAACACAACUUCCGCUGAUCUGCAACUGCCUCCAGAGGCAAACUCCAAGGAGCCCAAGACAGCUAUCAGUGCGAGUGGUACGAGGCACGUCCUGCAUUAA